GGACGCGGGGAUUUAGCGCCGCAGCAGGGGCAGGAUGGCUGCUCGGCUGGCCGCGCUCCUGCCUCUGCUCCUGCUGCUGCUCCUCAGCCAGGGGCCGGCGCGGACCGUCUGCAACCGGCACGCGGUGCACUGGAACAGCUCCAACGCGCACCUGCACCGAGAGGGCUACACGGUGCAGGUGAACGUCAACGACUACUUGGAUAUCUACUGCCCGCACUACAACGACUCGGUGCCCGUGCACAGGAUGGAGCAGUACGUGCUCUACAUGGUGAACGCAGAGGGCUACCGUACCUGCAAUGCCAGCCAGGGCUUCAAGCGCUGGGAGUGCAACCGGCCCCACGCGCCCCACAGCCCCAUCAAGUUCUCGGAGAAGUUCCAGCGGUACAGCGCCUUCUCACUGGGCUACGAGUUCCACGCCGGCCACGAGUACUACUACAUCUCAACCCCAACGCACAAUCACCGCCGGGCCUGUCUAAAGAUGAAGGUGUUUGUGUGCUGCACCUCCACCUCGCACUCUGGGGAGAAGUCGGUGCCUACUCUCCCGCAGUUCACCAUGGGGCCUGAGGUGAAGAUUGAGGACUUGGAUAACUUUAACCCCGAGAACCCCAAGCUGGAGAAAAGCAUCAGCGGCACCAGCCCCAAGCGGGAACACUUGCCACUGGCCGUGGCCGCUGCGUUUUUCCUAAUGUCGCUCUUGGCCUCCUAGCCUGGCGUCAGCCGGCCGGGGGGGCCUGGGCACGGCUCUGCACAGCAGCUGCCCCCGUCCCCGGCGCUGGGACUUGGUCAGCGGCUGUUUGGAAAAGACAGAAGGGGGCAAGACGGGGGAAGCCGGGCCCCCCACCGCCCUGACACGGAACUGCAAGGCCCUGCUCUCUGCACUGCUGCAGCCAGAGACCCACUUGAGCCCCCCCACCGUAGGGGGGUGCAGCAGGGUGCCGGAGGGACGUAGACUGGCCUGGGAGCUGCUGCGUGAGGACAAGGAGGGAGUUUGCCCUAUCCUCUCACUCACCUGA